AUGAUAGUGAUCAAGGGCACUCGAACAGUACGGUACGCACAAUCUCUGUUGACCAGCUUCGAGGGGACUGACGGCGACCUGCCCUCGAGCGUUGACAGGACAUUGGACGAUGCCGAUCAGCCGAAGCGAGCACAGUCUGACAGGACCAACGAACGAACGGUGCCACGGUCCAGCCGCCACUCGAUGCGCCACCGAGGCUUUUCAUCUGCCAUCGCGCACAUCAUGCAGCGCUAG